AGCUAAAAUUUUAUUGAUCGGUGGCCAGAGUACCAAUGCAACAGUAAAUACACAGUCGUAUUCGGCGUGUUUAUUAUUAUCACUUGAGUUUUCGAUAGGAGGAAUACGUCCUCGAUGUAUAGAUAUGUUAUCAAGUGCCGGUGCCGUAAACACUGGCAGUAAUCAGUCUGUUGCAUGGUGCUCUGUCCGUCAGCCGUGCCGAUUACUCAAUUAGCUGUGUCGUGAUUGGUGAUGUGUUGUGGACUGUAAUGACGAGCUGCUCAUCAUGACGAGGUCCAGCUACCGUCCCCUGGUGCCCAGGUCUUCCAACAACUCCCUGGAUAACAGAGAUAAUGGGACGACGUCACCUCCCGGCGAGCCCUUGGUGCGGGCCCCAGUAGGCAAGCCAAGAUGUCCGCCCGCCAUAUCUCGUCUCCGUGUGGAGAAGGUGGAAGGCGGGCUAGCGGUUGCAGGCGUCGUGGUCGCAGCCAACUGUCAAAUAGUACUGCCUAUAUUCGGAUUUCUGUUCAUGCUCGUCGGAUGUGUGCUAACAGCGGCUUCGUAUCGAGGUUGCGGUGAGAAUGAGGAGCCGGACCACUACGCAGCCCGCAUCGCAUUCACCGGCAACUCGCGGGUGCUGGGCCCUGUCUGCAUAGUCGCUGGAGCUCUUAUGACCAUUGCUGGUAUCGUGCUGUGCAUGCUAAUGCGGGCUGCCCAGCGCCGGCAGCGUAGGCUGGCGUUCCACUGUCCCAUUCAUGGCGACUUCUACCCACUCAGCCCGCAGAACAGCAGAAAAUAUUCUCGCAGUCCGGCGGGCAUGUGGCGCUGGAUGCGCAGCUGGCUGGGGCUGGUGGAGGAGGGCGAGGCGGCGCGCUGCCCGCGCUCCGCGGAGCCCGCCUCGCCCGCACGCGCUGACGCCCCGUGCCCUCCUCCGUUACCUUUCUUGGUACCCUCGGACUCUGUUGUAGGUAUGGCUUCAGUACUGGGAGCUCCUCUCAGUCCGGAACAAACCUUCGGCUCCAUCAAAUCCCUCGCGAUAUCGAGGGAGGUCGCUAGUUUUCCGCUAUCGCGCUCGCCGACACCGCCACCAUUGAGUUGUCCACCAUUCAAAGAGGAGCCCAAGGGUCUGGAGGACAUACCGAACGCAGUGAUAAUCCGGCCGGACUUCGACUGCGGCUCGCCGACGUGCAAUUAUCGUAUUGUUGAGUGCAAAUUGACUACCACUGAGGAAAUACACCGCAGUGCCCCACACAAUACCAGUGUACAUAGCGCGGACAGUAAACAAAUGAGACCCAACACAGUUUCCAUAACGAUACCCGACGAGGGGAAAGGUUAACGACACGUGUUACAUUAGACAAUUUUUUAAUUAAUAUUGUUCAGUGAGUUGGAACGCUACCCGAAAUGUAUGGUGUGAGGUCGAAGACGACCAAAUUGGGCGUAUAUGUGUAAUGCUAGUUUUAUCGCUCACAGUUGUUUUGUAGUGAGCCACGGACAGCCACGAUACGCCUAGUGUGGCCGCCCCCUGAUAAAAUCGAUGUACAUAAUUUGUUUUAUUUUAAGGAUCACAAUAUUAUUGUUUCUUAACUUUCGUCUGCUCAAACGAUCACGAUUUGUCUUCCGCUACUGCUCAUUUGAUUGGACAUUUCGAAAACUGAUCACUGAAGUACACAACACAUACCGAUCCUCGCUGCAUUUACGUUUGCAGGUUUUUAAUAGAAUACAAUUUAUUUGAAAUCUGUUUAUAAGCACAUUUAAGGCGUGGUGACCAUUUCUGGGCGAUCGUGCGCCGUUGAAAAGGACCAUGUAAUCAAAAAAAUCAGUCGAAAUAUAAGACUACAAAAUGAACGUUCUACCCUAGUUAGUUUUACUAUUAGUUAU